AUGGCUCCGGAGAGGGCAAAUUCGACGAACUGUCUUUCCUCUCCAACCACGAGGCCAAAUGUUGAUACCAUAACUCUCGCCACCUCUGGCGGCAUCUUUCGAAUUCCCACUUGUCCUCCGGGCUUGAGUUUUACAAGUUCUCCCUUCUUCAAGGUCAUUGAGGUUAUUCGACCGCCGACCAUUUUGUCUCCUUCCGAGCUCAAUUUCAUUCCUGGCAAACGUCCUUAUGAACGCGCCCUUAGUUUGAAAAUUUCCAUCGAUCAGGCUGAAGCAAUCACAUAUCACAGCCAACGACUGGAUGACAAGCGUUUAGACUUUGGGGUGCAGGUGAUUAUGCGUUUCGCAAGGCUGGAGCCCUCGGACCUUGUCAACUUGCGCAUUGGGGAGACGAAGCAGCAGCAGCAGCCAGCCCUCCCACCCCAACCUGACAACUUCCCCAUC